AUGAUGUUGUUCUGCGGAGCUUGGUGUGCUUGGAGGAGGGGAAGACGGAAGCGGAGCGGGGGGAGCAGACACCCCUUGACCGAGGACGGAGGGCAGCAUGGGGUAUGCUGUAUGCCGAUGAUGCCGGCGUCGUAUCGAGGUCUGCAGAAAGGACUGGCGAGAAUGAUGACCAUCAUCGUACAGGUGUUCGGGGAGUUCGGGCUAACGGUGUCGGAGAAGAAGAAAGAGACGCUCCUGAUGCGCGCGAAGGACAAGCCGACGACAACAUCACAGCCCCCCCCGCCCCCACCGCUGACCAUCGAAGCCGCGGGACAGAAAUACGCCCAGACGACCGAGUUCCGGUACCUCGGUGGCCUCGUCAACGAACAUGGCGACCUCACCCGGGAGAUCAACUACAGGAGCAGAGGAGCGUGGGCGUGCCUCAGGCGAUAUGACCGGGAGCUCUUCGACAGACCGAAAGCGCCAUUCCGACUCAAGAUCCACCUGCGCCAGGCGGAGGCGAUGGAGGCACUCCUGUACGGCUGCAUGACAUGGUCACCACUCAGCGGCCACUAUCAGACGCUGCGGUCGAUACACCACCGACUGCUCCUUCGAGUUAUCGGAUACAUGCGCAAGGAAGACACCUACCGGCAGCUCUCUUACCCCCAGACGCUGAAGCGGGUCGGAUGCCAGAGCGUUGAGGCCACAAUCCGACAGCGACGCCUACUGUUCGCGGGAGCAUUUGCAAGGCAGCCGGACGGGCGACUCCCGAAACGACUGAUGCUCGGCGAACUGGCGGGGGGGCAGAAGCGACGUAGGGGGCGAUAG